AUGGCGCUGUCCUCCCGCACCCUCAACUGGCGCUGCCAUCGGCUCUGCUGCACGCGGUCAUGGCGCCGCCGCGAACGCUCGUUGCUCCAUCCGCGAGCUCCGGUGCCGUUGCCCCUGCUCGGUUACUCCGUCGGCCUGCUGGAUUCAGCCGAGCGAAACCCCGACCCCAACUCCGCGGCGGCGCAACUUGCUGCACCUGCGCCACGCUGCUCGGCCUCUGGCCGGCCUUCGCACGCGCCGUCGCGCGACGGCUCCAUGGGCCCAGCCGCCCACUGUUUUCGCCUGCAGUACGACGCUCUGCCUCUGCGGGUUGUCUCCAAUCCCCCCACGCCGCGCAUCGGCUCCGCCCGGCCGUUCCCCGCACCUCGGCUCCGCCUCCGCGAGCUGCUCCAGACCCGGCCCUGCCCCCUGCGGCCUCCUCCUCCGCCACCCGCCCGGCUGCGCCUCGCGCCUGCCGCCGUCCGACCGCUCCGCCUCGACCGCAGGCGUGCCCGCUGCCCAAGGCCGGCUCCUCCGCCCGAGCGGCAGCCGACGGGUUCCCCCGCGCCGUGCCCACCCUCUGCCCCGGGCUGCUCUGCACCGAGCCGCCUCCGGUACUCGGCCGAGUGCCCGUGCCGGCUCGCGCCCCGGUGCCGGCCCUGCCGUCUCGUCCGCGCACCCGGCCGCCUGCUCCCGCGCCUGUUGCCUACCCCGCCUCGCGGAAUCCUCCGCCUGCGCGCCUCGUGGCUGGCUGCGUCGCGCCAGUCAGAGGCCGGCUGCGCUCCGCGCCGACUAGCUCCUGCGAUGGCCGCCUCCCGCCUCGGCCGUGGCCUUCGCUGGCCGGCUGCCCAGAAGACAGAGAAGGGGGGCCGGCUAGAAGAGGCUGGCUGCUCGACUGAAGAAAAGAAGCAAAAGAAAAAAAGGUCCGGCUCCCCACGUGGAGCCGGAGUCGGACAGAAAGAGAAGAAAAGAAGAGCCGACUGCCCGCUAGCCGGCUGGAGAAAAGUCAGGCCGGGUGCCCAGCCGGCUGACUGA